AUGGCUUGGUGCGGGGAGAUAUUUGAGCUACCUGCAGGGUUUGGCUGUCUCACAGCACUGCAGACAUUGAGCCUUACAUGGUCGCCGGCACUGGAUCUUCCAGUAGACUUGGGCGGGCUGAUUAAUCUCCAGACUUUCCAUCUCAGCAAGAACAGUGCAGGGCAGCUGCCGUCUUCAUUCACACAGCUGGCUUCGCUGACCAGGCUGGAGCUGAAUCGGUGCAUGAUUGAUGACCUCCCAGAGGGCAUUGGGGAGAUGACAAACCUGCAGGAGCUCUACAUUGAGAACUGCCUGGACAUUAAGGGGCUUCCUGAAACUGUGACAGCGCUUGUCAACCUUCGAGUGCUGAGGAUUGAAGAGUGUUCCAGUUUCUUGUUGGUUCCCAGGGGGCUGGACAGUCUUACCAGGCUGAAGGAAUUGGAGUUGAGGGGAUACAUUUCAGCGCUAACAGAACUAAAGGAGCUGCACUUGGGGAGUGUGGGUGCAACAUGUCUUGAGGCCAUCAGUUCCAGUCUCUCUGGUGUGGAGCAUCUGGAGCUGGAGGUGGCAGAAGAUGCGGAGGAGCAUCUGGUGGCGUUGGCAAGGCUUCAUCGCCUCCGCACCUUGUCGCUGCACGAAGCCCGCAGCCUGAAGAAGCUGGUGGAAUGUGGUGGCUCGGCAUUGCUGGAGCUACGGCAGCUGACAAUCUGA